AUGAAGGCGUUCUUGGAGCGCGCAAAACGCAAACGGACCCCUGAGCCGGACGAGGAUACCGGGGAUGGCGACGAGCCCACGGAGGUCAAGCUGGCGAUGCUGGCAUCUCUGCAUCCUGGAUUAGAACAAGAGGUUCUCCUGGAUGUUCUUCUUGCCCAUGACGGGUCCGUAUCUGCUGCCACAUCCUCUCUUCGCGGCCAGAACCAGCACGGGAGAAAGAAAAGCGCCGGUGUCGUAGGCUACCAGCAGUCCAUGACACAAUUCGCAGUCUCUAACAGUGGAUCAAGUCCUACGAAAAAGAAAAUUAAGGCUAAAAGGGGGAGUACCCUCCAUUUGUACGAUCCUGAAGAUGUGGCGGAACAUACCCCUUGCACAAUCGUGCAUAACUUCUUACCUCAAGACCUGGCCAACGAUCUCCUAAAAGAGCUCCUUAACGAGGCCGAGACAUUUGAAAAGCAGACUUUCAAGCUGUUUGACAAUGUUGUAUCAAGUCCUCACACGACUAGCUUUUUUGUCGAGAGUUACGACGAGAUACAGAGUCAAAAAACUGAAUAUCAUUACAACGGAGCCCGCUUAACUGAUGUCCGGAAAAUCACUCCAGGGCUUAUCAGAGCGAAGCCCCUUGUCCAAGAGGCAGUCAACAAAGAAGUCCAGCAUCGCAUUGCAACCCGGUAUCCUGGGGGUAAGAAGCUAAAAUACCAACCACCUCACCCUUGGGUCCCGAAUUCGGCAUUUGUCAACUGCUACAACGGGCCACAAGAGAGCGUUGGUUGGCAUUCAGACCAGCUAACGUAUCUGGGUCCCCGGGCGAUCAUAGGCUCCCUCUCUCUCGGCGUCGCACGCGAGUUCCGUGUCCGCCGCGUCGUGCCUAAAGACGAUGAGAAGUCGGCCGAGGAUCCUGAUGCCGAAGGCCAAAUAUCCAUCCAUCUGCCCCAUAACUCGCUAUUGGUGAUGCACGCCGAAAUGCAAGAGGAGUGGAAGCAUUCCGUGGCGCCGUCACUGUCCAUCGAUCCGCAUCCCAUCUCGGGAAACAAACGGAUCAACGUCACGUACCGCGAUUACCGGGCAAAUAUGCAUCCCCGGCACACGCCCAAGUGUCCCUGCAAGGUCCAGUGUAUCCUGCGGGUGGUCCAAAGGAAGAAGGAGAAUUUUGGAAAGUACUUUUGGAUGUGCUAUGCUGGCAACGUGCCUGGGAAGGCUGGAUGCAGCUUCUUCCAGUGGGCAGAAUUCGAUGAUGAUGGAAGGCCAAAGCCUUUUUCGAAACCCGCACAUUCAAGAUAG